GGUCGUUCCACGUCCUAUCGACACUUAUGUAGAGCUGCAUAAGCUGGAUAGGCGUGGGAAGCAUACAGAGGAUUGGGCACUCAGACAUGUCCGAUACGUGACUAUGUGGGAAAGGAGAGCUGAGCUAGCUGUGGUUGGGACACCCACAUAUGUGCCAUCUGUUUCAGGAGACUACAUGGGAUGGUACUACAGCAUCACUCGGUUAUUUGUGUCUUCUUCGUUCAGACUCCCUACUCAUCAUUAUCAGCCUAGCUCCUUGGCUUUGCAUCUUACGACACGAGCUUUGCAGCGCAUACAUCAGCGGGCUACUGCCACUGUGAUUGAUAUUCCUGAUGUGGA